AUGGCGGGACGACUGGAUGAUGAAACUCGGCCCUUGCUAACGGGAUCCUCGGCUGACAACUCGUCAAGUAGGGCCACAAGUCGGACAUCGCGAACCUCGAAGACCUCGAACAGCUGUUCAGAUGAUACCGCAGCAGAGGGCCAACCGGAUCGCCUCCGACUCGAAGAUGAUGUUCUCACCGAGGAUUCCGUCCUGGGCCGUAACAUUGGCUGGACGAGCGCUUACAUCUUGGCCAUCUCCAGAGUCAUUGGCGGCGGCAUCUUUGCCGUGCCUGGGGUCGUGCUCAAAUCGGUUGGCAGCGUAGGCAUGGCCCUCAGCCUCUGGGUGCUGGGCGCCCUCGUCACCGCAUGCGCUCUCGCCGUCUCCCUAGAGUACGGCUGCAUGUUGCCACGAUCGGGAGGAGACAAGGUUUAUCUCGAGUUCACGUAUUCACGGCCAAGAUUUCUGGCGUCCACAAUUGUUGCCACUCAGGCCAUUUUGCUCAGCUAUUCGGCAAGCAACUGCAUUAUAUUCAGCCAAUACGUUCAUUGGGCGCUGGACCUAGAACCGAGAGACUUGUCACGGAAAUUGCUGGCAGCUGCUUUAGUGACUGUUGUUGCCAUCGUACACGGCUGUUUCUACAAGAUCGGGAUACGUAUCCAAAACUUGCUCGGCUGGGUCAAGGUUGGGCUGGUGACCUUUAUGGUGUUUGCUGCGCUCUAUGUCGUGCUUUUCAAAAGGGAUCCGAACCAAGCCGGUGAAGCCGUCGACGCCACGGGGCCUUGGAACGACUUGUGGGAUGAUACAGACUGGAGCCUUGGCACCAUUGCCACCUCGCUCUUCAAGAUUUUCAACUCGUACACUGGACUGGAUAAUCUCAAUUACGUCUUGAACGAGGUGAGAGACCCGGUCCGCACGCUCAAGUCCGUCUCCAUUACAGCCUUGUUGUCGGCGUGCCUACUCUAUCUGCUCACCAAUCUGGCCUACGUCGCCGUUGUGCCCGUGCAGCAGAUCAAGGAGAGCGGCCAGCUCGUGGCAGCCCUGUUUUUCGAGCAAACCUUUGGCAAAAAUGUGGGCAAACGCUUUCUGCCUCUUGUGGUGGCACUUUCGGCUGCGGGAAAUGUCAUGGUAGUCACGUUUGCUCUGGCGAGACUCAAUCAAGAAGUAGCGCGCCAGGGAUUUCUGCCCUUUGCGCGACUCUUGUCUUCCUCAAAGCCGUUUGGCGCACCUCUCGGCGGACUCAUUAUUCACUAUAUCCCCACCGUUCUCGUAAUUGUCCUCCCGCCUACCGGCGACGUAUAUUCCUUUAUCCUCGAGGUUGAGGGCUACCCCAGACAAUUCUUUGCGUUGCUGACAUCUUUUGGUAUACUUUGGCUAAGGUACAAACGACCAGAUUUGAAGCGGCCCUUUCGAGCAUGGAUUGCCGCCGUGGUGUUUAGGAUGCUGUUGGGCAUGAUGCUACUGGCAGCCCCCUUCUUCCCUCCAAAGGAGCGUCAAGAGGGCGGCAUAUUUUACGCAACAUAUGCCAUUGUCGGUACGAGCAUUAUCGGAUGCGGUGUGAUUUACUGGCUUAUUUGGACAGUAAUUCUUCCUCGCAUUGGCAAUUACCACCUGGAAGAGAAGGAAGAUACACUGGACGAUGGCACAAAAAUCACCUUUCUGGAUCGAGUGCCUAACCAAGUCGAUUGA